AUGGAUCGCCAAGUGACGAAUACGACCUCUGGCGGGCUCGAAAAGAAGCGCCACUUCAAGGCCUAUACAGUCUUCAUAUGCAUUUGUAUGAGCUUCGGCUCUGUUGCCAUGGGCAUGGCCGGCUCGGUCAUCAGCACGACACUCGGCCAGCCAUCCUUUAUCAAGAAAAUGGGCCUCGACGGUCCGCAUGCGGAAGCCAUCUCGGGCGCUAUGAACAGUCUCUAUUACACCGGCGGCGUCGCGGGCGCCAUCUGCCAUGGCUGGGUAGCUAAUCGAUAUGGCCGCAAGUUUUCCAUUGCCAUGGGGUCGGCAAUCCUCGUCAUUUCUCAAGCGCUCCUGUGUGGAUCCGUCAAUGCGGCCAUGUUCAUCGUGUUCCGAUUCUUCUCCGGCUGGGGCUCCUUCCAAAAUGUCUGUGGCAUCCCGCUCUGGAUCACCGAGAUCGCCCCUCCUCGGAACCGCGGUAUGCUCGCUGAUAUCCACGCCAUUUCUAUCAACGUUGGUUACACAAUCAUCGGCUUUAUCGGCGUCGGAUUCUAUUUCUACCAGUCGGAAAACGCAUGGCGUGCACCGCUUGGCCUGACGAUACUGCCACCUCUGCUGCUGCUCUGCAUCAUCUACUGGUUGCCCGAGUCUCCGCGUUAUCUCAUUUCGAAAGACCGACAUGAAGAGGCAUGGGCAAUCAUCCACCGCCUACAUUCCGACCCGAACGAUCCCGCCGAUGAGUUUGCAAAGCGCGAGUACUAUCAGAUGUUCAAACAGAUCCGCUUUGACUGGACCCUGAAGACCAGUUACUGGGAGAUUUUCAAGCGGCCUUCUUACAGAAAGCGUGCUUACAUGUCAAUGAUAUUGGCUUUCUGUAUCAUGAGCUCCGGAUUGAUUACGAUUCAGAAUUACGGCGUUAGUCUGUACGCUGGUCUGGGCUACACUGGCGUGGACUCUCUGCUACUUCAGGCUGGUUAUACUGCCUGCUCGCUUACCACGAGUGCGAUAGCCAUGAUCUACGUCGACCGUGUCAAGCGAAACUGGCUCAUGGCUACGGGCUUUGCUGCUUGCACGGUGUCAUUGAUCAUCUAUACCGCCCUCGUGAAGAACUUCCUCGGCACAGACAACAAGGCCGGCCAAUCCGCCGCCGUGGCCAUGCUCUUCCUGUUCGUCAGCUCCUUCGAGCUCACGCUGGAGGGGCCCGAGUUCUUCUACCAGGCGGAGAUCUGGCCGAGCCAUCUGCGCGCCCAAGGCUUCACCAUCUUCAUGGUCGUCUACAACGGCAUCAACAUCUGCUGGCUUCAGGCCGCACCCACCGCGUUCGCGAACAUUGGUUGGCACUACUACAUCCUGUUUAUCAUCUUCGCUUUCACGGGUGCCGUCACCGUGGCGCUGUGGUUUCCCGACACGCUGCACAAGCCCUUGGAGGAAAUUGCGGCCAUGUUUGGAGACCACGAUCUGGUGGUCGUCUAUCAGAAGGAUAUAAACACUGCUCACAUUCCCCUUGCCACCAUUGAGGAGGUUAUUCCAGGCAUGGGCUCUAAGCGUGUUGUGCCAGAGGCGGAGAAAGAGGCUGCAACGGGGGAUGAAGUGGAAGGCGUCUCUGCUGUGUGA